AUGGUGUCGGGAAAGGACGGGAGGAGCCCAGUCGUAGAGAUUUAUUGGACUAGCACAUAUUCGAAGCCGACUCCUUCUGGAUCUGGAAGGGAUUGGGAGGAAGCGAUAGUCUCAAACGUCAAGAAAGUCAUACCAGACACCGUGAAGGACAAAUGGCAUGAAUUUCGAUCCUACAUGAAAAAGACGGAAAAGGAUGUAACCGGCGAUGACAGCAUCAAUGAGACCGUCGAGAUGGCUGGCUGGGGUGUGGAAGAGGCCGAAGCUAAAAACAAGAAAGAUGCCAGUCUUGCAACUCAGCUCGCGCUUGCCUACGCAAUUCACAAGUCUUUCAUCUUCAUCAGGGUACCUCUAACGGCUGCGGUGACUCCGAAAGUUGUCAAUACUCUUAGGGGCUGGGGAUGGGAUAUUGGGAAGCGAACAACUAAGGAAGCAAAGGCUAUGAAAAGAGCGAGCUUCCCUAAGAAGAUCAAAGCAGAGAGACCGUGGAACAGGAACCGUAAAAGAGGAAACGGCAGCUGA